ACAUUACUUUUGUGUCAACCACUUCGCGGGAGUUGUCACCUCCGGAGCAGUCGUCUCUUUAAAACUAGACAAGCAGCGUACGGGACACUUGUAAGGGCAACCAUGUGUGAGAGAAAGGCAGUGAUCAAAAAUGCUGACAUGUCGGAGGACAUGCAGCAGGACGCCGUGGAGUGCGCCACGCAGGCCCUGGAGAAGUACAACAUUGAAAAAGACAUCGCUGCAUACAUCAAGAAGGAGUUUGACAAGAAAUACAACCCGACCUGGCACUGCAUUGUUGGGAGGAACUUCGGCAGCUACGUGACUCACGAGACCAAGCAUUUCAUUUAUUUCUACUUGGGUCAGGUGGCCAUCCUGCUGUUCAAGUCGGGCUGAGGGAACGCCGAUUCUCCACACGGACCGACCACAUACAGUACUGACUGACUCCACUAAAGGCACUUAUCAUUCCUUGGCAAGGGGCCGCUGCCUUUUUCUGUGCUGCUUUCUACUUUUGUUUUUGA